AUGUCUGACUCUCCCAUUGACCCUGAUCAAUUUACCCGAGGGGGUUCGAUCACCAAAACCUACUACCGAGAUGUCUAUCCAGCCAUUGAGCCCACUAAGCCAGAAUUCUCCCAAACAGAUAAAGUGACAAUUAUAACAGGCGCGGGAAAGGGAAUUGGCAGAGCAAUUGCACGAAGCCACGCACAAUCUGGCGUGAAGGGAUUAGUUCUUAUCACCUUGUCCGAGUCAUCUGCAGAGGAGACCAAAAAGGUUGUCCAAGCAGAGUUUCCCUCAGUCGAGAUCCUCACGCUUCCCACCGAUAUUGCUGAUGAGAAGGCCGUGUCCCGCACCUUCGACGCCAUCAAAAACAAGUUCGGAACCGCCCACACCCUAGUCAACAACGCUGGAGUUUUUGCACCUGGCGCCUCCAUUGCGGAAUCCGAUUCAGCCACAUGGUGGAGCGACUUUGAGAUCAACGUGCGCGGUACAUACCAUGUAACCGCGGCCUUCUUGCGUUUGACCGCCCAGACGCCAGAAAUCAAGCCCACGGUGGUGAAUUUGAUCAGCACAAUCGCGCUGACGCCUCCGACGCUGAGCAGUUACUUCAUUAGCAAACUGGGCGUGGCCAAGCUGACUGAGUUCGUCACCGCCGAGAACCCUCACGUCACGGCCUAUAGUCUGUCGCCGGGCAUUGUUCUGACAAGCAUGACGCUGGACUCGUUUAAACCAUUUGCCAAAGAUACCGCCGAGUUGACUGGAGCUGUGACGGUAUACCUGGCGGCUAAGCGUCCCGAGUAUCUAAAUGGCCGCCACCUAUCUGUCAACUGGGAUCUGGAAGAAUUGGAAACCCGCCAGUCUGAAUUUGCUUCUUCGGAUAAGUUGAAGGUGGGACAAUUUGUUUGA